AUGGUCUCCCAUUUCAUCACGACCACCCUCCAAGCCGCAUGUCUCUCCGCCAUUUCAAACCUCGCCGCGCAAGGCAUCGCGGCCUAUCGAGAAUCCGUCCCUUUCAGGAUCAAGCUCGCACCCCUGGUGCAGUUUGUGCUCUUCACCUUCAUCUCCUGCCCGCCCAACAUCCUCUGGCAGGAAUACCUCGAAGACAAGUUCCCGGGCUACACGAUCGCGCCCAUCUCCCCGUCGACCACGUCCUCCGCCCCGACCGCCGACACACAACUCGACAUCCCCAACACGCUGCGCAAAUUCCUCUUCGACCAGACCUUGGGGGCGUUCGUCAACACGGUCGGCUUUAUCGCCGCCAUGGCGGCCUUCAAGGGGAAGUCGGCCAAGGCCGUGCAGAAGGAAGUCGAGAGGGACACCGUCCCGUUGAUGAUUAGCAGUUGGAAGCUGUGGCCCAUCGUGGCGCUGCUGAAUUUCACGCUCGUGCCGGUCAACAGGCGCGUGAUUGUGGCGAGCGUCGUGGGCUUGUUCUGGGGUAUUUACUUGAGCUUGUUUGCCGCGAUAGAUUAA